AUGGCCCCAGACCCACUCUCAGUCAGUCCCCUCCACUGUUUCUCCACAGAUCCAGUGGCACAGCCCUCCAUCCAAGCCAGCAACACCACAGUCACAGAAAAUAAGGACACCAUGGGCCUGACAAGCCUCACAAAUGAUACCAGGAUCUCCAUCCAGUGGAGAUGGUUCUUCAAUAACCAGAGUCUAUGGCUCACAGAGAGGAUGAAGCUGUCCCAGGACAACAGCACCCUCACCAUAGACCCCGUCAGGAGGGAGGAUGCAGGGGAUUAUCAGUGUGAGGUCUCCAACCUGGUCAGUUCCAGCAGAAGUGACCUCCUCAGCCUGGAUGUGGAAUUUAAGAUGCUGCCUGAAGGAAGUUCUGGCCUCUCAGCAGGGGUUAUUGCCUGCAUCGUGAUUGGAGUGCUGGUCGGUAUAGCUCUGAUAGCAGCCCCGGUGUACUUUCUGUAUAUCAGAAAGACUGAAGGGGCAAGUGACCAGUGUGAUCUCACAGAUCACAAACCCUCAGCCUCCAACCACAGUAAGUCAGGCCACUCUGACAACUCCCCUAACAAGGUCCAUGAAGUUGCAUAUUCUUCCCUGAACUUCAAUGCCCAGGAAUCAAAGAAACCAACUUCAGCCUCCCCAUCCCCAUCAGCCACAGGAAGAGUUUAUUCAGAAGUAAAAAAGAAGUAACACAACCUACUCCACUGGCUGCACUGCGCACUUACUCCAAGCUUCUCAUCCCCAUCACUAGAAGGAUCCCUUUACCCUCAGGGAAAAGGGGAAGAAAACUCCUUCCCCUCCUCUUAACUCCCAAAUGAGGCACUUCCAGGCUGCCUGGUCACAGCCCCUCCCUUCAGUGUCAAUACUUGAAAAGGCACAUCCGGGAGUCUGUAGGAAACCAAACCUUCCUAAUCUUUGAAAUUUGGCAAAGCAGACAUUGCGAGAGAGUUGCCAGAACCUCCCGCCCCUCCCCCUCUCGCGACCUAGACUUGUUUUAAACUUGCCUAUUCAGAACACACUCAUUCCUUCCCACCCCAGUCGUGUCAUAUCUGAGUCUAACUUGAAUUUGCCAUAAGCUUGGGGGUUAGGUCCUUAUCCACUAAAAUGCAUGUGGCAGAAAAGAACAGAGAAAAAGUAAAAGCUUCUCCUGUCUCUCCAAAGCUCAGGGUGAACCCACCAGACACAGGAAAACAAAUAUAGAACCAAUUCUGAACUGGGAAAUUCUACAGCUUUAUGCAUUGUUAGGGUGUCUACCUGUAGGACCAGGGCCUAAGAACCUUGCUGCUUAGCGGAAUACCACCUGAGCCCUUUGGCAAGCCAAUCUUUAGAGAACUCACUAGAAACAACUAGGAAAGCUAUU